AUGGCUGUGCGUAUACCAGCAUACCUCCACCGCAGCGGUUUUCGCCCCUACCUUGCCGAAUUCAUCGGCACACUCCUGCUGAUCCUCAUCGGCGACGGUGUGGUGGCUCAAGCCGUCCUCACAGAUUUCUACUACGCCAAUUUCUUGUCUGUAAAUCUUGCUUGGGCAUCCGCAGUUGCGCUUUCUUGCUAUGUCGGCGCCGCCGUCAAUCCAGCCAUUACCCUUGCUUCCGCCAUAAUUCGCCCUACCAAGCUCCAAUGGAGACAACUCCCCGGCAAAAUUGCUGCUCAGUUCGCUGGCGCUUUUGUUGGCGCUGCUCUGGUGUAUCUGCAAUAUAGAUCUGCCAUCAAAGUCUGGGAUCCUGAAUUUACGGUUCCUGGUGGCAGUAUACUCAGUCCCCAAGGCCAUUCUUCUGCGGGCAUUUUUGCUACAUAUCCGGCCACUACACUGGGCAACAAUUGGGAAGCUGCUGUGACCGAGUUCCUCGGAUCUUCUGUGCUGGCUUUUGGUGCUAGUGCUGUUGCAGACCCCAAGAAUGAGGCACUCAAAGCGCCGCAAUUCAUGAUGUUUGCCUUGAUGAUUGCCAUUGGAGCGUCCAUGGGUUGGCAAACUGGUUAUGUGCGUACUCCAAAUUACCCCAUUCACUCUCACCUCCACCUUUUCAAGUAUCACCUACUAACCCUUGUCUCACACACACAGGCAGUCAACCCAGCCCGCGACUUUGGCCCUCGCGUCUUUUCGGCAAUCAUCUAUGGCCGUGAAGUCUUUUCUGCAAAGGGCUUUUACUUUAUCGUUCCGUUGUUCGUGCCUGUUUUUGGAUGUAUCGUUGGUGCUGCUGUGUAUGAUGGGUUCAUGUUUGAGGGGGAGGGGUCUGCUGUUGCUGAUGCGUUGGAUGCUGCUGAGGGACAUGAUGGGAGGAUUGCUUUGGAGUAG